UCACUCGCGACGAUGACGAUUGUUAGUCUUGCGCUAAGAAACGCCAGCAGUUCACGACUGUCAAGCGCCAUUACCAGUGCAAUCAGUGGCCAGGGUUCCAGCUGGAUUAACAACCCCUCAAAGAGAUUUUUCUCCAAAUCAACCCCUAAAGCGAUGCGUUUCGUUCAGUAUCGUACGGUAGCCGGAGGCAAUAAGCAGUUGCUAGGAGUGUUGUCAGAGGAUGGCACGAAGGUUUCCGAUAUUUCCGAACGAUAUGGAGGUGACCUGGUAAGCUUCAUACGGUCGGAAGCAUCUUUGGAGGAAGUGAAGACACUUGCUGCGAAAGCGACUCCUGUUGCGGUCGAUGAUGUCGAGCUGUUGGCCCCGGUAACCAACCCGCAAAAGAUUCUCUGCGUUGGACUCAACUACAGCGGGCAUUGCGAGGAACAGAACAAACCGAUUCCUAAGGAGCCGAUGUUCUUCAGCAAGUACGCGACGACCAUCGUUGGGCCGUACGAUAAUGUUAUCGCACAUAAAAUAAGUGAUCAAAUCGAUUGGGAAGUAGAGCUGGCGGUUAUCAUCGGCAGGAAGGCCAAGAGCGUCAGCAAGGCGAACGCAAUGGAUUUCGUCUUCGGAUACACCGUCGCCCAGGACAUUUCCGCCCGUGACUGGCAAAAGCUUCGCAACGGGGGCCAAUUUUUGAUCGGCAAGUCGAUGGACACUUUCUGCCCGCUGGGACCAGCUGUGGUGCACAAAUCGCUCGUAAAGGACCCGCACCAGCUGUCGAUUAAGUGCAGCGUUAAUGGUGUGGAAAAGCAAAACGGAAGCACGAGUGAAUUGAUUUUCCGUAUCGAUGAUAUCCUCGAGCGGGUCACUCAAUCAAUCACGCUUCUCCCUGGGGACGUUAUCCUAACGGGCACUCCCGCCGGUGUUGGAAUGCAUCGUAAGCCGGCAGAAUUCUUGAAGCCGGGUGACGUUAUAGAUAGCGAAAUCGAAGGACUCGGAAUGAUCAAGAACAAGGUCGUAGCAGAUUCCUAAACUUUUCGAAACCGCCAUAUCAACUUACGGGUUUGACUCAACUGAAAUGAAAUAAAAAUAUUACGAUGCAUAUC